AUGGCGCGCGAGGGGACGGGGCGCGGGAGGUUCACCGAACACGUCGUCGCCGGGUACGAGAUCGAGGGAAUCUCGGUGGGGGGACAGCAGACGUCCGUCAUCGUGCCCAGACUGUCGCUGUGCUUUGACAGCGGGCGAUGUCCGCAGCGGAGCGUGUACGCGGAUCACAUGUGCGUCUCGCACACGCACAUGGAUCACAUCGGAGGGUGCGGCAUGUACGUUGCGACGAGAGGUUUGUUAAAACUGUCGCCGCCGAAGAUUUUGUUACCGAAAAGACGCGUCGACGCGUUCGCGACGUUCAUGGACGCCAUGCGGGCGCUGGACGACAGCGAACUGAGACACGAGGCGAUCGGGAUCGAGCCGGGUGAGAGAUUCGCGAUGAGUAAGUUAUUUGAGAUUGCGCCGUUCAAGACGACGCAUCCGGUGCCGAGCCAAGGGUACAUAGUGUACGGCACCAAGCAAAAGUUGAAGUCGGAGUACGCCGGUUUGGACGGCGGCGAUAUUAAAAAGCUUCGAGAAAACGGGGUCAUCGUCACCGAUAAGGUCGAGGUACCUGAGGUGGCUUUUACGGGGGAUACCACUGCUGCUUGGAUCGAUGACCCGGCGAACGUGGACGCGCUUCGAGCGAAACUUUUAAUCAUGGAAUGCACGUUUGUGGACGAUUCCGUGAGCAAGGAGGACGCGGAGGAAUAUGGGCACACGCACAUCGACGAUUUGAUCUCGCGCGCGGACAAGUUUGAAAACGAAGGCAUUUUGUUGAUUCAUUUCAGCGCGAGGUACAAGGCGGAAGAGGUUCGACGGGCGCUCGAGGCGAGACUACCAAAAAAACUCUUCGAUAAAACCACGCCGAUGCUCGUCGGGUACGACUGA